AUAAAGCCAGGCGCGUCAUCUUCACUAACGCAGUAACAGAAUCGAUGAAAAGUUAGGCAAGAUCGACCGACAGGAGAGGUCGGCCAGCCGUGUCACCAGGGAGACCUUCUUACCAAGUCUUUGCUUGACACACCGAAGCACUCGUCCAAGUUCGCAGGCCAUGUGUGAGCGAUCGCGCCUGACGAGGAAGUUCUGGCAUCAACAUCACCACGAAGACGUUGGCGCGAGCAACGGCUCGCGAGCUGCAGGAGCCGCGGCUGAAAGCGUUCCACGCGACUCGGAGCAACUGGAAGCAGCCGCUCUCGUUCGCCGCAGUCUUCAAUCAAUCCUCCUUCGCGCCCUGCUUCAGCCGACGAUGAUGACCCUCUGGAGGGACCCGAAUGCGGCCUCUGCCACCGGCGACGGGAACCAAUCGCCCUCUUCGGCCGUCGAGGAUUUGCUCAAGAAGCCAGAGCCCGGACCCGAGGAGACGAACCAGGCAAAGAGGCGACGCUCGGCGAGGCGAUCGCACCACCGCCACCGUCACUCCAGCGAGAGGCAGCACGAUGAACUGCUGCCAGACGCCGGUGGCGCGGAUGUUACCACGAACGUCGAAAACGUGACCAUGCAGGCCGCCAAGGCCCCCUCCGGACUGACGUCGUCGAAUGAGGCGCUCUCGACAGCGCCGCCCCCGAUGCCGGAGAACGUCGAGCCGAUGCCGGCGUGCGGCCGCCUGCUGGGCGGGAUGCGGCGGCCCUGCUGCGUGGUGGCGUUCUUCUGCAGCUGCGCCUUCCUCCAGGGCCUCAUCACCAACGGCUGCAUCAACUCGAACCUGGCGACGCUCGAGAGGCGCUAUCAGCUGCGCAGCGUGGAGACCGGACUCAUCGGGAGCCUGUACAGCGUCGCCUCGCUCAUGGUCCUGCUGCCGGUGACGUACUUCGGCAAGGACAAGAACAAGCCGCUGAUGAUGGCAUUCGGCACCUGCCUGAUGGGCGUCGGUUCGCUCACCAUGGCGCUGCCGUACUUCGUGGGGCCGCCCUACUCGUUCAGCCAGCCGAGGCCCGACACCUGCGAACUGGGCACCGGCGUGGCCAACGAGAGUGUCCCGGAGUGCGAUCCCGGCGCGGGAGAUCUGCGCCAGUACAAGUGGUUCUUCUGGAUCGGCAACUUCAUCAACGGCAUCGGCACGGCGCCAUACUUCACGCUGGGCAUCGCCUACUUGGACGAGAACUUCCGCCGAUCCGUGUCUUCCAAGUACAUUGCCGCUUUUCAAGCAAGUGCCGUAGUGGGGCCGGCCACGGGAUUUGUCGUCAACGGGCACUUCUUGAAAUACUACGUCGACCAAGGCGUCAAUCCAGCGUUGCUGGGCCUGACACGCGACAGUACCGCAUGGAUCGGAGCCUGGUGGCUGUGCUUCCUCUACGCAGGGCUCAUGUGCUUUGCUGUCGCCUUGCCCGUUAGUUUUCUGCCGGCAGAGCUGCCAGACCACGCUGUCGUUAUGGCUGAAAAGAAGCUUGAAGAUCAAGACAAGCCCGUCAGCCAAACCGAAGGAAACCUACGGGAGACAGUUCUGGCUUUGCUCAGCAUAAAGCCCUUCGUCCUCGUUUGCUUUGCUGGGUCCGCAGAGCUGAUGGUCGCAAGCGGCCUGUCUUCAUUUCUGGUGAAGAUGCUUCAGGCGCAGUUUAGCAUGACCGCGUCGACAGCUUCAAUGAUUAUGGGCUCCGUGACCAUACCGACGGCCAUGGUGGGCGUCAUGCUCGGAGGCGUGGUCAUCUCUCGCUUCCAGCUGACCGCCGCGGGCAUCGUGCGCCUCUGCGUGCUCGUGCUUCUUGUGCCCAUCGUGCUGGUCGCGGUGCUGCUAUUCCACUGCGACAACAUCCCCUACCGGAACGUCCAGUACAACGUCGGAGUUACCAGCGUGUCGAGCGUGAACGUCACCCUGAAGGAGUCGUGCAACAGCCGCUGCGGCUGCACCACGACACGCUUCAAUCCGAUCUGCGGCCGCGACGGCUACACCUACUACUCGCCGUGCUACGCCGGUUGCCUACGCGAGUAUGCCACAGCGAGCAGCAGGGCGUACUCGCAGUGCCUGUGCGUGAACCGCACGGUCUCGGCGCGGGCGCGCACCGGGGACAGAGCCAGCAGCUCGGUCGGCGGCGCGAGCCCGUUCGGCACCGUGCCUGGCACCACGGUGGAGAUCGACGCGGUGCGAAACAAGUGUCCCAACCCGUGCGGCCUGGUCAAUGUCUUCAUACCCAUUCUGGCCGCCAUCGUGUUCGCCACCUUCUUCCUCAGCACGCCCGCCGUCGCAGCCAUUCUCAGGUGCAUUCCCGAAAAACACAAGUCCGUCGGCCUCGGAAUUCAAUGGAUCAUCGUGCGGGCUUUCGGGCUAAUCCCCGCCGGCGCCGCGUUCGGGCACACCAUCGACGCGAGCUGCGUGCUGUGGGAGGCGCCGUGCGGCUCGUCGCAGGGCGCCUGCGCCAUCUACGACAACCUGCUGCUCAACCGCAACGUCUACUUCCUCAUCCUGGCGCUGAAGGUGGCCUCGUUCUGCUGCUUCGGGGCGGCGCUGUUCUUCCUGCGCGAGCCCGCGCCACCGCCCGUGUCCGUCGCCGCCCUGCCCGACUGACUCUCUCGUGCGCCUGCGUGUGCGUGUGCAACGGGGCAUCUUUAGCGAAUUGAGUCGUUGUGCAAAAAAAAAAAAGACAAAAAGAAAUAUAAAGUUUUAUCUCGUU